AUGCAGGCUGCCAAAGUUCCCAAUGAAUUGCUAGACUUUAUUGCCUCGUAUGCAUGCUGCGACGGAGGGACGACCGCGCGGUCGCUGCAGCUCGUAUCCAGAACUCUGAAGGCAAUUACAGAACCUUACAAAUUCCAGAGCGUAGCACUCUCCGGACCCCCUCGGAUGAAGGCAUUUCUCCGUUCAUUCGAGUCUUCCUCUGAGGCUGCCAGGGCGAAUCUCCGACACGUCUUUAUAUGGCCAUCUACAGCCCGCACUGGACUGUUCGAUUUGCUGUUAGACGUACUCGAAACCAUUUCUCCCACCGUUGAGAGUCUCGUGUUUGUCACAGACAACAGGCCACAGGGCGAGAUAGCCAUCGACGUCUUGAAGGAGGUAUCCUUCCCGCGCCUGACGCACCUGAAACUGGCCACCCCCACAACUCAAAGCUACAACCUGGACAUUCCUAAGGACCGCCCCCAGCUAUUCCCAAACCUAACACAUGUGCACUGGUGCCUUACGACGGAGGUGCACCUCGAGGACGUUCACAGACCUCUGUGCCAGCUGUUCUCCAUCCCGUCCAGCAAAACUGUCAAGUGCAUCCGCAUUUCCGGCUGCGCGAUGGGCCUGUCAUCCUUCCCUAGUUUCCUCGCAGUGGUUCUCGGAUACGAACCUGCUAGCUCCUGGGUCCUGCCUCUUCCGCCGAGUGUGGAGAAGUACAUCGCGCAAGUGCCGCCCGGCGCCGAUUCCAUGCUGACUGAUAAGGCGUACAAAGUUUUGAUGCAAUGGAACGAGGAAGCGGGAAGGAUAAAGUGCAAGGUGCUGAAGGGACCGCCAAAUAAGGACCGUCGGCUUUGGAAAAGUAUGUGGUUGAAGGAGCAGGGGGGCGAACGAGAUAUCAACGAGGACUGGAACCUGGGCAGUUAA